GUGGCCAUGUUGUCCAUCCCGGAUCUGAUCAAGAAGAAGCGGGACGGCGGUUCGCUGAGUGACGGCGACAUUCAAACGUGGCUGGAGGCCGUGACCGGCGGAAGCGUCGAGGGCUGCCAGACAGGCGCCAUGCUGAUGGCCAUCUGGCAGCGGGGCAUGGACGCGCGCGAGACGGCGACGCUGACCAAAGCGAUGAUGCUGUCGGGGGAAGUGAUGUCGUGGCCGCGAGAGUGGGCGGGGCUGCUGGUGGACAAGCACUCCACGGGUGGCGUGGGCGACAAAGUCAGCCUGGUGCUGGCGCCCGCGCUCGCCGCUUGCGGCUGCAAGGUCCCGAUGAUAAGUGGGCGGGGCCUGGCCCACACCGGAGGGACGCUGGACAAGCUGGAGUCCAUUCCCGGUUUCGACGUCCACCAGUCGGCUGAGCAGCUGCGAGCCAUCCUGAGCACCGUGGGCUGUUGCAUUGUGGGUCAGACGCAGACGCUGGUUCCCGCCGACCGCAUCCUCUACGCCGCGCGCGACAUCACGGGCACCGUGGACAGCCUGCCGCUCAUCACGGGCUCCAUCAUCUCCAAGAAAGGCGCCGAGUCGCUGACGGCGCUGGUUCUGGACGUCAAGUUCGGCCGGGCCGCUCUCUACAAAGACUUGGGCGGCGCCAAGGAGCUGGCGCGCCUCCUGGUGCAGGCGGGCAACGAUCUGGGCAUGCGCACGGGCGCGCUGCUGAGCCGCAUGGACGGCGUGAUCGGAUGCAGCGUGGGCAACAGUCUGGAGGUCAUCGAGGCGCUGCGCCUGCUCAAGGGCGACCGCCGGAACCGCCGAGACCUCGUGGAGCUCGUCGGCGCGCUCGGCGGCCUCCUGCUGGCCAUGACGGGACUGGCGGCCGACCGAUCGGAAGGCGCGGGGAAGAUUUUGCAGGCUGUGAUGGGCGGAGCCGCUCUGCUCAAGUUCCAGGCCAUGAUGGAGGCUCAGGGCGUCGCCCCGGAGACGGCGAGGGCGCUGUGCGCCGCCGACGCCGACGCCGACUACUUCAAGAUUCUGAGGAAAGCCAAACAUCAGCUGGACUUGACGGCCAAACACGACGGCGUGCUGGUGGACGUGGAUGGUUUGGUUUUAGCGGAAGUGGUUCAUAAGUUGGGGGCCGGGCGUUCCGAGGCCGGACAGCCUGUCAAUCACAGCGUGGGGGCGGAGCUACUGCUCUCCCAAGGCCAGAAAGUCUCCAAAGGCGCCCCCUGGCUGCGACUCCACUACGAGGAGCCGGCUCCCAGUUCAGACCAGAUCGAGCGACUGCAGAGCGCUCUCGUCCUGGGAUCGCCCGCCGACUGGCGAAAGCAAAGUUUGGUGCAAGAAGUGCUGCUUCCUGUUUGACGCACGUCGUCGAACCCGACUCAUUUUGGGGCUGCGCCCACGAACUCGUUCCAAUGGCAACGCUCGAAUAUGUCUUUGAAAACUUUGGUGCUCAAGGGCCACAUUUGAUUUUUAAAACAGACACAAUGGUCAGCUCAUUUGGAGAAAAAAAGAGAAAAUGUUGAUUUAAGAAAAUGUAUUUUCAGAAUUGCAUUUGUAUUUCAAUUAUAAUUGAUGAACCAAUUUUUUUUAGUAAGAUAAAAUUGUAAAAAAACAGUUCAUUUUAAUAUUUCAUUCUCAUUGGUUUUGAAUUUUCUUACAACCAAUUAAAUAAUACAAAUAUGUGUAAAUGUGUUUUUUAAUA